GACGUGAGGUACGUGAGAGAGAGGUGUGUAGACUCGUCGGUCUGCAGCCUGGGGACAGCUGGUGUAGCCAUUGUCAAGAACUGUCCGCACGACAAUGCAUUUCUACGGCCACCUUCUUUGCAGCACCAGCAGCACCAGCAGCAGCACCGUCGAUGCCCCCCUGAGCCCUAUCCGUUGUCUGAUGGGGCUGUGUGUGUGUCUAUCUGCCAUGUCUGUCUAUCUCACCCUCCUGCCCUCCAUCGGGGCUGGCAUCGUCAGUGUCUGCGGUGGACUGACGGGGCCCUCGCUGUGCAGCCCGCUGUGAGUCGACAGCAGCAGGCCUCUCAAUCACCGGAGGCUGCUGAAUGGAGACAGCUGCCUCGCCUGCAUUGAAUCAGAAAUACAGGGGGCUUUGGCUUUCGGCGUUGAUCGACCAAUGAGACAUGUGCGUCCAUCCAUGCCGAUAUGUACCUGAUGGGGGGAGCGUCCUGAAGGAUGGAGUGUAUAUUGAGCUGAGGGGCUGGUGCUCACAAGUGUGAUCGACACCUGGCAGCAUCUCACCACUCUUGCCUUGAUCCUCCCCGUGCACCACUUCCACAUGCAGAUUGCUGAACGAGAAUAUCUGACAAUACCCGCGAGACGCCUCUGCUGUGUUGGGGUGGGACUGAUCCCCUGCCGCUGGCCCUCCCUCCUCCCUCAGCGGUAUUGCGGAGCUCGGGCUAUGGACCGUCGCUGCCUCCCCUUCGUCAUUGGUUGGCGAGGCUACUUGUUCUUCCACAAUAGAAGCCAUUCUCGCGGGACGAUCACUUGCUCUGGGGUAAUGUCUCCUCGCAAUGGGUGGACGGGGAAGGCAUUCACGAGACAAAGGCCCAUUGCGUCUUGCAGGGAAGGCUGCUACAGCCCCAGGGCUAUACAAUUGAUAGGCGUGUGUCAGGGAGACGGGCGGUUGAGCAACAAAAGAACCACCAACACUACCCAUUGGCAUUGGCAGAUAGCUCAUCGGCUGAUAAGGAAGAGGAGGCCGAGGGUACAGGCAGGCUGGUGGGGCGUAGGACGCCGUCACGCGAAAGGGGACAACGAAUGGACCGGGCCGAAACAUCGUGGGUCGAGAAGGCGGAAGGAAAGUCGAGACAGGCGCUGGCAGGUGAGGGAUUCCCUCUGGGGGCAUCGAAACGGGGCGAGAAGAAACAUACUGUCGCGCGACCGGCGGCUGAUCCCGAGCCUCCACACACCGCACCUGCUUCAGGGGUGCCGUAUCCUCUCUUGUGGCGCCUUUCGCCAUGACUCUACGCGCCCUUCCGUCUGCCCGCCCGCCAACCACACCCAGAGUCGGCCACAAGUCAAUCCGCCUGUGCGUGACAUCAAGCGGCCCGAGCAUCCUCUGCCGGAGAGGGGCAAGGGCCGCCCGCCUUGCGCCGAUGUCAUGGGACACCUGACGCCUCUUACCGGGCGUGUAGAAGCGUAGAGGCUCGAGUGAGGCAGGGGGCGGCGCCAUAGUGACGGGGGGCCGUACAGGAGACUCGGCAGGCUUCCUCCUCCCCCUUUGUGGUGUCGCAUAGUGCCAGGGCUCUCGGACAGGCAGAAGCUUCGGUGGAAGCGAAGAGCCCCUCUCAACUGUUGGGUGCUGGUUGCUUCUGCGGCUGGACGGCCGCAACUUCCUGUUGUUUCUCUCUGGUGUCAACGCCCGCUUUAUUGCCCCUGUGACCGACGAUGCCAGCCACUCAAGCGGGGAUUGCUGAGUACCGCAAUCCACCUUUGGUUCGCGACUUCUCGGCCGAAGGGCGUCGUCGAGGCAGUGGUAUGGCAGAGCCGCUUUGUACGGCCGGGGGACGGAUGAAGUGCCGCCUGAAGGAGGAGGAAGAGUCCCUGGGGGACGCCGCUUGUGCGUAUGUGUCGAGUCACGAAGUGCUUCAGAAUCUGCGGGCGAGUGCAUCUCGCUGUCAGCCUCAGGAUUCAGGGCGGGUUUCGAAGCUGGGCAUGAUGCACCUGCCAAAGCACACGUGUCUCGAGUUGCGUCUCAUGCCUCGGCGUCUCACGUACCGGGCGUGAAUGGGGAAGGCGUUGUGACGGGUUGCGAGGGGAGAGGGGUCAGCGCAUCAACCUCUGGCACACGCUGCAACACAAGAAAGACAACGAAGCAAAUUGCAACGAAGAUACAGGGAGUCCGACAUCAUGAUGGUGGUGUGAGUCGUUUCGAGCACCUGAAUAGGCACGAUACCCACAGGGGGAGGGGCACUGCUCGUCUCAAAGCCCCGACUAUGCUGUCCUGCACUGCUCGCAUCAUCAAAAUGCCCCACCGUCCUGAAUGCGAGCUACGCACAACCGACCCAU